CAAUGAUUACACUUUUAAUAUCGUAUUCAUUAAACUACUUUUUCGGAUCAAGAUUCUUACAAGAACAAAAUUGUACUUCAUUAUUUGCAUAUAUUUAAAUACGUUUUCAUCACUCAUAUGCUCAGCUGUAUGCAUUAAAACAACCAUUUCAUUCGGGGAAAAUAAACAAAAAAACGGAGAAAACGAAAGAGUUUCAAUAUGAGUGAUCCUAACUUCGAUGAAAUUAUUGAGAUAUUCGACGCCUACUUGAAUAUGCUUGAAAGGCCUAUUAUCACUGAGAACACAGCAGAGGAAAAUUUAAGCAAAGCCUUCGGAUGUUGCCAAUUGAUCGAGAAUAUAAUUUCAAAAGUUUAUCAAGAAGAGAAAGCACUAUUUUUCGAAGACAAUUUAAACUAUCGACUCUCGGAAAAAGGAAGAUGCAACACUUUCAAAUGCUCAGAUUUCGAAAAGGCCUGCGAUAAGAUGCUCGAAAAUUAUUUGAAAGAUUCCAGGGUUCCAACUUCAAGCAUUGACAUUUUAUUCAACCACUACACCCGACACCGCGGACAGGAAAGAUUAAGCGGUUUUCUCAAACACACUCUAACGAAUUCAAUGUGCAUCAAUUCAAUACUAAAAUCGGUGGUUGAAUUAGGACUUCCUGUAUCAGAUUUGCACGAACAAGCUCUUCUUGCCACAUGGGAAGAGGAAACCUGUAAAGGAAAAAUGAAUGAAGUUGGUAAAUGCAUAGAUAAAAUUCUGGACGACAGUCAUGUUCUGAGACUCGUUAAUUUAGCUCUGAAAAAUGAUAUUAAUUCAGAGACUAAAAAGGUUAUUAUGAAAAAACUUACAUCUAGAGCAUUUAAAAACGACCCUCACUUUUUUAGAGAUUUUAUGAAAGUCGAUGCGAAAUCACUUAUGCAACUGCUUAUUGAUAAUUCUGAAUUCUGUGUCAAUUUUUUGGAUGCUGUCUUUUACUUUGGACGUAACAUGACUUUUGAAGAUGGUAAUUGGAUUUCGGAAGAAGGCAUCGAGUACAAUGAUAUCGCUAAAAUUUUCAGAAUCCUUCUGGAAGGAUCAAACGAUGUUAGCAAUCAGACGAAAGAGCGAUUGGAUUUGGCGAAAGAAAUGGAUGGAAAAGUUUGGGAAUGUAUUGAAAAAGACUGCAUACGUUGCUAUAGAUUAAAAGCGGAAACUUCAAGCUAUUAUUAAAAAUAUUGUGGAGUAUCAUCAGCAUAAUGUCAUUCAA